AACACGUACAAAGAAUGCACCACCCAUUUCCAAAUAUUUAAUUAUAUACACAUGAGUGUAUAUGCAUUUAAAAUUUAAUAGAAUACAGUCCCCAACAGACUUCUAGAAAUGCUAGGAUUUCACGAGAAGCAACAUUAUUGAGCAUUGACGACUGGUAUCCAAUACCUGCGUAGUUUGCAACGUAAAGGUGACCAUGUACAAUAGAAAAGGGCAGCACAACCGCACUUCAAGCUGGAAGAUUUAGUGCUAGGUUUAAGUGAUGAACCUUAAGUUGGACAAAUCAUUUAAUCUUAGUUUUUUCCUCUGAAAUUCAGGGACACAUAAGCAGAUAACUUAAGGACUCUUUACUGCUCUACAACUAGGAUCCUAUGUCCAAAAUAAAGCUAGCUACAACUGUAUUUAGCCCGCCUAUGAAACGCUAGCGCUGUGCAAGAACAUAGUCCCUGCCCUCAAGCCGUUUACAAUCUAAAGGGAAGAACAAGUCACAACAGAACUAGAUAAGUAGCGCAGUAACGCAGUGCUUGGUCUGAGAUAGGAAAGAUUUGCCAGAGUUCAAAUUUGACCGUGAGCAUUUAAUUAGCCUUGUAACCUUAGGCGAAUCACUUAAGCCAAUUUGCCUCAGUUUCCUCAAUUGUGACAUGAGCUAGAGAAGGAAGUGACAGACCGCUCCAGUAACUUAAAAAGAAAAUCCAAAAGGAGUCCCGAAGAAUAGCUCAGGAACGAAAUAACUAAAUAACAAAGUAGUUCCACGAACUAUUCCCUCUAGGACAAUGGCUCCACCCCCCCUUAUGGAGAGCGAUCACGCAAUUGGUCGCUGGCGCCGUCCAAUCAGCCGGGAGCGGGCUAUAGGAAGGGCUGCGGCAUUGGCGUCUGCGCUAGCAACAUGGCGGAUCGGCUCACUCAGCUUCAGGACGCCGUCAACUCGCUUGCAGAUCAGUUUUGUAAUGCCAUUGGAGUGUUGCAGCAAUGUGGUCCUCCUGCCUCCUUCAAUAAUAUUCAGACAGCAAUCAACAAAGAUCAACCAGCAAAUCCUACAGAAGAAUAUGCCCAGCUCUUUGCAGCACUAAUUGCACGAACAGCAAAGGACAUAGAUGUUUUGAUAGAUUCAUUACCUAGUGAAGAAUCUACAGCUGCUUUGCAGGCUGCAAGUUUGUGUAAGCUGGAAGAGGAAAACCAUGAGGCUGCUACUUGUCUUGAAGAUGUUGUUUGCAGAGGAGAUAUGCUUUUAGAAAAAAUACAGAGUGCCCUUGCAGACAUUGCUCAAUCACAGUUGAAGACAAGAAAUGGUACUCACAGCCAGUCUCUUCCAGACUCCUAGCACUGUUGAACACACAGCAUGUGGCUGAAAAAUUGAACUGUUUUAAUACAACCUAAGUUCUGCAUCAAAUUUAGAUGUGAAUUAUACCAACAUUUGCAAAAAAAAAAAAAAAAAAAAACAAAAACAAAAGCACUGUGAGAUGAUUUAUCUCUAAUAAUUCUGAACAGUCUUCCCUUGUCACUUUUGAUAUAGAAUAAGCCCUAUAAAAUGUUGUGGUAAGUUUGUAAAGUGAAUCAGCUUUAAACUAUUUUGUUGUCAUUGUUUCCAUUGUUUUCUGUAUAAAGUUAAAUUCCUUUUGCUGAUUGAGGAUAAUCUUGCUUUCAGGGUCUUAUUAAUAUAGUUAACUAGAGUCAGUUAUAAAGUCCUGAGUUGAAACAAUUUGUUGUCUCAUUUAAUUGUUUCUUCCAGACUGUAAAAUUUCUUAGUGUAGGGAAGGGAAAGUAAUAAUUAUUUAUUAAAUGCCUACUUUGUGUCAGGCACUCAAAUAAUAUUUCAUUUCGAUAAAGCAACCAUGUUCUACCUAACUUUUGUAUCUUCUGGGACACUAACUAAUCUUCUUCACAUAAUGGGUACUUCAUUGUUGAAUUAAAUUUAUUCAAUAAUUUCUGCUCAAUUUUAAAACCAAAAUGCUUUUUUUUAAAAUCAGUUUUGUUGAUUUUUGUUUUUACAUUGCCUAGAUUUUUUCAUAUCCCUUUACCUUUUUUCUCUUAGUCAUACCUUAUAACAAUUAUUUUAAAAGAAAAGAGAAAGGAAAAAAUAUUUAGUAAAACUGCUCAAUAUAUUAAAAAAAAUCUCAUGUGUAGUGUUCCACUACCUCUCAUUUCUCAUCUUUCUAGUUAUUUACCCUGCCUCCUCCCACAAAAUCAUUUCUUCCCUCAUCUAAGUUUUCAUUUAUUGCUAACAUUUGCAUUUCUGUCUUCCUUGUUCCCUUUGUACUCACAUGCCCUUCUACUUUAUCUCUAUACCUGUCUUCCCAAAAUGUCCUUUUGCUCUGUCCUUCUGCUGUACCCUCUGGGAUUUUUGUUUCACAGUCUAUCCUGUUCUUUUUCUCAGACCCAUUUCUCAUUUUUUUCUAUAUCAUUUUGCAUGAUUGAAUAAUUACAAAAUGCUACAUGAUUAAUACAAAUAAUAUGCAUUAAGAGUUCUUAAAAGGGAGCGAUCGCUUUCAGUCUUGGAAUAUUCUACAAAGAAGCUAUACCUUAAGGAUUUUAACACCAAGGCAAGGUGAUGAAAAAAAAUGGUAUAAACAAAAGUAGGAAAACACAAGAUUUAUUGCUUGAUUAAUGUAAAGAAGGAAUAGCAAUUAAGACUAGAAAGAUAGUUUGGAUCCAGAUUAUGGCAGUCCUUGAAUGCCUGGCUAACGUGUUUGGAUUUCUGCUGGCAUUUAAAGGCUUUUCAUAUGAAAAUGAUAUGAUCUAUUGUAUCACCAGCUACUUAGUGGACAUUUUGAACUGAAUGUUCCAUAGGAUUUCCAAAUUUAACAUAUAUGAAAUAGAACUUUUAUCUUUUUCUGUUUCCCUCUUCCAAAUUUCCUUUUUUUCCAUUGAAGAUAACACUAUCCUUUCUACCUUUUAUAACACUCUCAGCUCCUUACUCUCUCUAACAGUCACUUCCUUUCUUCUCCAUAAUCAAUUGCCAAGCCUUAUCAUCUCUUAUUCUUUCCCUUCUCUUUACCAAAAUCAUAUGCACCCUAGAUCAGUCCCUUUAACAUUUUCAUCUUCUCUAUUGCAAUACCCUAAUUGAAUUUCUGGAGACUUGCAUUCACCUUAUCUAACCUGGAAUCUCCCAAUUGCUCUGUGACCAUUUCCAAACCAUGUUGUUAGCAUGGACCCCCCUUCCCCUCUCUAGCACACUUCUAUAUGUUGUUCUUACCAAUAAGAAUGUAUGCUGCUUGAAGGUAGGAUCAUCAUGCUUGCUUGUAUUUAGAUCCCCAACACUUACUGUGUCUGAUACAUAGUGCUUAAUAAAUGCUUCAUUGUACAUGUCUUGCUACUCAUCUAAUCUAGCACAAUAAUUGUUCACCCUCAAAUCUUUUCCCUUUCUAGUAAUUCUUGUCAAAGGAAUAUAUCUAAAAUGUGUAAAAUGUAGUUACUUUUUGCUUCUAGGAGUAUUUCAAUGUUUUUCCUGGCAAUACAACAUGGUGUCACCCUUUCCAUACUUAUUACACAUUGUUCCCCUUAAUGUAAUUUACUGGCCAGCCAGACUUCCUUUGCUAUUUGUCACAUAAAACAUUCCAUCCUUCACAGGUAUGCAGCCCUUCCUCACUUCUGCCUCAUAGAACAUGUAAUUUAUUUUGAAGCUCAGUUCAAGCCUCUACACGAGUUCUUCCCUCAUCCUUUUGAGUUGUGGAUGUUUUCCUCACUCCCCAAAUUUUCUUAGAUAAUUUUGUAUCUGUUUUAAAUAUAUGUAAAGAUAUUAUAUUCUGAAAUAGAUCUCCUUGAGGAAGCAGUUGAGGGAACAGUGUCUUUUCCAUCUUGGUUUGUAUCCCUAGCAUUACAAUGCAUAGUAAUUGCUAUAUAAAUACUUGGUAACUGAUCAAUGAUAAAAACAGCAUGUGAAAAUAUCUGAUUGUGGAGAAAAGCUGAAAAAAAUUAUAAAUGAAUGUGAUGGAAUAUAAUAUUAUUAACGUGAAUUCAAAGAAAUAUGGCAAGUUUUUUUUGAGCUAAUGAAAAGCUAAAAAAUAGAACCAAAAGAAUAUAACUAUAAUGUGCUUUAAAAAGAUCAAAAAAAACCUGAAUUUUGACUAACUGAUAAUGCAACAUAUUAUCUACCUCAUUGCAAAAAAAAAAAAAAAGUUCCUGAAUCAAAUACGGUCUGGCACAGACUGAUUGCUUCACUUAGUAGUAUUGUCAAAAUUUUUCACUUGGUCAUCUUAUUCCUGUAAUUUAUAGAAUAUAUUCAAAAGUAGAAUGCACCAGAAAACUAAAAAUAAGAAAACAAUGUGGGUUUGUAAUAAGAGCAUUUACCUUUAAUAUUUUAAAAACAGAACUCAAAUUUCAUAAGUUUGUAUAUUUAGGAAGAGAACUAAACUUAGAGGCCUCUUAGUCCAAAGCCCUCAUUUUGUUUAUGAGGUAAUAAUGUUACACAUUAAGUGAUUUGCUCAACACCACAUAUAGUAUAUUUUAUUCAGUUCCAUAAAAAAUAGCAAGGAAUUUCAUUGAUUCAUCCAUAUUAAACCAAUGUGUUGUGCUUAACUGUUCUUAUCUAUCAAUAGGGAAAUUAAUCUGAAAGCUAAAUGGAAAAGAAGCUCCCAGUAGCUAUAUAGAAACAAUGAAUUAUUUUGAACACCAUUUCAUCCUACUAUGUUGUGUCAACAAAUUUUGUUUAUUCAUGAGUAUGGUGAUGGAGGAAAUUUACUCAAAUGUCACUGUUUUGUCCUUUCAGCUUGGAAAGCAUUAUAGGCUUUAAAAAUAUUUAUAUUAUCAAGUUAUUCAACAAUUUUUUGUCUACUGUAAAUAUAAUCAUUUCAUUAAAAUCUUCUAACAGUCAA